AUGGCCUCUCACCACCACAACCACCACCACCACCACCGCCGUCACCAAUCCCCACCACCACCACCACCUCCUCCAUCUCAUUGCUGCUGCACCCCUUCCUACCCUUGCUCCACCCCCCAAAACCCCCAUCUCUCUCCACAACACGACCACCUCGUACAAUCCAUUUACUCACUCAUCCUUUCCCAACAACUCCAUCCUUCUCCACAACACCACAACAACCUCGUACACGACAACAACCUCGUACACCCCAAAUCAAACACUCUUCAAAAUCAGAAACACCAAUCCACAAUCUCAUCUCUUCUCCACCGCAUUGAAUCCCUUGAAUCCUCUCUCAAUCAUCAUCAUCAGACCCAUCAUCAAUCUCUCCGACAUUCCGCAGCAACCAUCAUCCAAACCCAUUUCCGUUCCUUCCUUGUUCGUAGAUCAAGAACCCUAAGAAACCUCAAACACCUCGCAUCUAUCAAAUCCUCUUUCAUUUAUCUCAGAUCCUCUUUUUCAUCAAAUACCCAUUUCGAUUUUCCAGCUCUUUCUCAAAAAGCUGUCAACUUGUUCAUUCAACUUGAUUCCAUUCAGGAUUGUGAUAAGAUGAUUGUGGAUGGGAAAAGGUCGAUUAGUAGAGAUUUAGUUCAGUUUUUGGAUUCGAUCGAAGAGGUUGCGGCGAAAAAGCAUAUACUACGUGUUAAAGCAGUGAAGAGUUCUAGGACUGGUCAGAAAAUUCAUAGACAGAGAAAUUCAGAUGGUGAUGAUGAUGAGAAGAAGAAGCUGUUGAAGAAUUUGAGAGGUAGGGUUGAGAAGAUUAGUAAAUUGUGUAAGGUUUAUGAAGGUGAUGAAGAACGUUUAGAGAACGAGGAGGGCAUUGACGAUCGUGAUGAUGAUUAUGACGAUGAUGGUGAUGGAGUAACCGGUGUUUUGUUGGGUAGAAAGGAUAGGAACAAAAACGGGUACUUUGUUAAAAGGCAAGAAGUUAUUCAACCUAGAGCGAAGAAAAGUGUGAGAUUUGCAGAGAAUGGUAAAAUUUGCGAGGUUUAUAGCACGAGAAGUGGUGAAUCGGAUGGUAGUUCAUCGAAUGACGAACAUGGUGAGGUAUUGGAGAAUGGAAAGUUUGGGGUUGUAGAUGUUGUGGACUCUUCUCGAGGUGGCGAAGAUGACGAAGACGUGUUGGUGGAAGACAGUGGAGGAUCGACGCAUAGUAGUGAUGACGGAGACGUAGUGAAAGAGAAGCUUCUGUUUUCUCCUCCGUUGCCACUCAAGAUGGAAAACAGAAGUGAUUUGAAGAGUAAAGGUGUGAAAAUUUUGUCGUGA